GGAGGCAGUUAGACGCAUGAGUAGCUAGGACUUUGACGCAGACGGUGUGCUUCUUCCGUAAAAUUCAGCGCGUAAACGCGAAUGUUCUAAUUAUAAAUUCUUAAAAACAAGUCAGCAUCCAUGACAGUGUGAAUUCUGUCAAUGAAAUGCCGGUGCAUGAAGUGGAAAAAUUAUGCCAAGAAUAUAUAAUCUGUAGCUGUUGAACGCAGUUGUUCCCAUGAUUGGCCUCCUGCGUUUCUCUAUUCGAUCAUUUAAUGUCAGCCCAAGCUCGUAUAAGCAUUUAGUGUGAUUCUCUGAGUCUUGUCUUACGGUUGUGGAUAUUCAGUGUGUGUUUCCUUUCAGCCUUUCAGCAUUUUAGCUGACAUACAGCAUCGGAGAAUCUACCCUGCAACCAGAAACCAGAAAUGGGAACGAAGGCCCCUGCGUCAGGAUUGAAGAUAGUGACCUUGAAACCGAUUGAAGCAACCCCAGAGAACUUUAAGGAAUAUGGACAAAUCUGUGGACCAAUGGCAAAUGAUCAUAAAUAUGGUCCUGAUGAUGCGCAACUAGACCUGUCGCAAGGGACUCCCAGGUUGUACAUGAUGCAUCUGCCAGACCGGCAACUGAAAUUCGAAAAGAUGGCGCAUCAUGCAAGAACGACCCAAUGCCUUGGCUCCAACGGGGGUCACGUCUGGUACAUGGGCGUAGCAAAAGCAUCUGUAGUGAAACCAGAAGAAGUUAGCGAAGAAGACAAGAAGAAACUGGUGCAGUCAUAUGCGGGACAUUACUACAUGCCCCCAUCAGCAGACGAAGUCCGCGUGUUCAGAAUUUCAGGUCCCAAGUUCAUGAAACUGAACCGGGGAACGUGGCAUGCUGGUCCAUUGUAUAGGAAAGCUGAUGGCAUGGACUUUUACAACUUGGAAUUGGCCGAUACAAAUGAUGUGGAUUUCACGGAGUAUAAUUUUGUCGAAGAAAAAGGAGUCACAUUUCUGAUCGAUAACUAGAUGCCACCUCUCAACUUCCAUCCCACCGUCAUUACCAACCGCUUUCAAACAGCAGUAUCCAGUAUUAUGAAAAUGUAACAAAGUGAUAUGAAGAUAUGGGAGCUUUUCCUCCAUCUUUCAUUCUCUUUUUUUUUUCAAAAAUGUCACUCAUGUUGAUACUUUAUUUUUGCAACGAUGCGCUGGUUAUUCAAUUUUGCCAUUGUGCAACGCCUCUUGAUGAAGAUCCCAGUAUGAAUAGUCUACGCUCCUCAUACAUCUAAAAACAAAGCUGGCUGGACUCAUUAUUAGGCAUAAUAAAUUGAUCGUAUGGAAAUAGGUUGUAUUUAUGCUAAAAAGGACUACGUAGGUACUAAGGUAAUGUAGCUCACCUAAAUUUCACUAAAAUAAGCACUUUUAUUGUUAAAUGUUUUGGUGCUUGGUCGAUAAAAUUACCUGGUGGUUACUACACAAUCAGAAAAUUUUCAUCGCCUCGCCUGAUCUACCUCCACCGACACUUGUUCGUUCGUUAAGUAUUAUUUGAGAAUUUAAAACUGUUAAUGAUUAUUUAUAUUAUAGUUUUCCAAAUAAAAUAAUGAUUGAUCAUUAA